GGGAGAGGCGAGAGGUUCAGUGUGUGGAGCUGCUCGCGCAGCGCCCGGGCUGUCAGUCCGAGCUGGGGCCGCCGCGAGACCUUCCAAGAGACGCGCACCCCCGCGCCCCGCACACCCUCGCUCGACCACACACACACGCACACGCUCAGCCUGGCCGCGCAGGAGCCACUGAGCAGCCCGAGAGCUCCGGGACCGGCUGCGGGCAGAGGAGUGAGCCGGGUUCCCACUGGGGCUUUCGCCGAGGAGACCGCAGCGAGCUUCCCGGUGGGCUCGGACCCCUCAGGAACACGGCGAGGGCCAUCCGGCUGGUUAAGCCGAUCCCUGCGACCCGCGCUGGCCUCGGCAGGGAGUGCAGUAAAGAGGAGCGGCUGCAGCUAGCAGGACUGGAACUCCCCUGGUUCCAGCGCCGCCGCGACACACGGGUGGAAAUCCUAAUGGAGGGAUCGCUUACUUCCUUUGCUUGGGAAAAUCGUCAGGAGCAACUCCGAUUUGGCUCCUCUGAGCAUCGGAGGGGGGUCCAUGACGUGACAGGGGGAAAAUAGACAACUGAAACCUCCCGCGUGAACUGCAAACUAUAACCCAGGGAGAGGGAAGAACUGCUUUCUGCAUUUUAAUUUCACGCAAAAAAGGUUCAAGUGUCGUGCGGUAAACUUAUUUCCAUGUCUUGUACCCACUUCAGCAGAACCCAGAGGGUCCUAUCUUGGGGACAGCAUCAGUCCGAAGAGCUCUAGCCAGCGGCCUGUCUUCCUGCUCCCACAUUCCCCGGACUGCAUCCCUGUCUGGGGUACUCCAUCUAUCCUAUAGAGCUAUGGCCAGGUAUCUAUGAAUACUGGGCGAAUUUCUGAAACCCAACUCUUACAACCUACCUGCGUGGCUGGAAUUUCACCUAAUACAUCUGAAGAAAUGGCAUUUUGAGUCGUUUUUAGGAUACCUUCUUUAAAAUUCAUGUAAAACAGGAUCUGAUAGGCUUACCAACAUGACAGGUAAGAACUUUCUGGCUCUCUAGUCCUGUCGCAGAGGAGGCCCAGGUUGAGCAGGAGAGAGAGUCCAGGGACCCGUGUGCCCACUGAGGCUCAUCAGCAGAGGGCUGCUUUUGCUAGAGGCGCAGCCCUGGCUCCUGGACCAUCCGCUGGGGAAGCUUCUGGGGCGCGCGCCAGGAGAUUGCCUUGCGCUCCACCUGCCCUGCCCUGGACACAGCCCGGGAGGCGAGGCAUCGAGGGACCACCUCAAGUCAAUAUUGGGAUUUUUAAUAAACCAAGGAAUGGGGUUUUAAUUAUUCAGAAACCCAGCUCCUCUGGGCCAGAUGCUGUUGGGAUGGUGCUGGUCACACAGUAUUAAAGAGACCGACCGCUAAGGGGACUAGAAAAGCGUCCGAGACAUCCUUUGCAAUUAGGAACGAGCCAGACUUGGUAGCACGGGGCAUUGAUUGCUGGUGCCCAUCCGGACCCUCCUCCUCUCUCCCUGAUCCUCCCCCCACCCCAUCGGAGGCAGCUCCCGCGGCUCGGCCAGGACCUCGCGUCCUCGCAUCGUGGUCUGGGCUGCGUAUUUCAUGAGCCCAGGGUGAACAGGUGCGAAGUGCGCUGGGAGCAUCCGGCCCACGGCAGCGCGGGGAACAUGGAGAGCGAGCGCGACAUGUACCGCCAGUUUCAGGACUGGUGCCUUAGGACUUACGGGGACUCAGGCAAGACCAAGACGGUGACCCGUAAGAAAUACGAGCGGAUUGUCCAGCUCCUCAACGGCUCAGAGUCAAGCUCCACCGACAAUGCCAAAUUUAAAUUCUGGGUCAAAUCGAAGGGUUUCCAGCUGGGCCAGCCGGAUGAGGUCCGCGGGGGAGGCGGCGGCGCCAAGCAAGUGCUCUUCGUGCGGGUCAAGACCACGGAUGGCGUAGGAGUUGAUGAGAAGCUUUCAUUACGGCGAGUGGCUGUGGUUGAAGAUUUCUUUGACAUCAUCUAUUCCAUGCAUGUGGAGACAGGGCCGAAUGGAGAACAAAUCCGAAAACACGCUGGGCAGAAGAGAACUUACAAAGCAAUUUCAGAGAGCUACGCCUUCCUACCAAGAGAAGCGGUGACGCGGUUUCUAAUGAGCUGUUCCGAGUGCCAGAAAAGAAUGCACUUGAACCCAGAUGGGACCGAUCACAAAGAUAAUGGGAAGCCUCCUACCCUGGUGACCAGCAUGAUCGACUACAACAUGCCAAUCACCAUGGCGUACAUGAAGCACAUGAAACUGCAGCUGCUAAACUCACAGCAAGAUGAGGAUGAAAGUUCAAUAGAGAGUGAUGAAUUUGAUAUGAGUGAUUCAACUCGGAUGUCCGCCGUGAACUCUGACCUUAGCUCCAAUCUGGAAGAAAGAGUGCAAAGUCCCCAGACUGCCCAGGGCCAGCAGGAUGAUGACUCUGCUGCAGAGAGCUCUAAUGGCAAUGAGACUCUGGGGCACAGUUCAGUUGCUUCCGGGGGAGCACAUGGCAGGGAGCCUGGGGACUCCAGCAGUGAUGGCAAAACGGGGCUGGAGCAGGAAGAACAGCCACUGAACCUGAGUGACAGUCCCCGCUCUGCACAGCUGACUUCGGAAUACAGGGUAGAGGACCAAGGCAGUAAUGGGAAAAACAAGUAUAAGAAUCUUCUAAUCUCCGACCUCAAGAUGGAAAGAGAGGCAAGAGAAAAUGGAAGCAAGUCUCCAGCCCACAGCUACUCCAGCUAUGACUCUGGCAAAAAUGAGGGUGUCGAUCGAGGCGCAGAGGACCUGUCCCUCAGCAGGGGAGACGAAGACGAAGAUGAACAUGACGAGCAUGAGGAUUCUGAGAAGGUGAACGAGAGCGAUGGCGUAGAAGCUGAGAGGCUGAAAGCUUUCAACAUGUUUGUCAGGCUGUUUGUAGAUGAAAACUUGGACCGAAUGGUCCCAAUCUCUAAGCAGCCCAAAGAAAAGAUCCAGGCUAUCAUUGACUCAUGCAGGCGACAGUUCCCUGAGUAUCAAGAGCGCGCCAGAAAGCGUAUCCGUACUUACCUCAAGUCCUGCAGGCGGAUGAAGAGAAGUGGUUUUGAGAUGUCUCGACCUAUCCCUUCCCACCUUACUUCAGCAGUUGCAGAGAGUAUCUUGGCUUCAGCCUGUGAAAGCGAGAGUAGAAACGCUGCCAAGAGGAUGCGUCUGGAUAAAACCCAGGACGAAGCUACUCCUGCUGACAAACAGUGCAAGCCUGAGGCAGCCCAGGCCACCUACUCAACGUCUACUGUUCCAGGCUCCCAGGAGGUAUUGUACAUCAAUGGCAAUGGGACCUACAGUUACCAUAGUUACCGAGGACUAGGAGGAGGACUGCUAAACCUGAAUGACACUUCUAGUAGUGGACCCACAGAUCUGAGCAUGAAGAGGCAGCUGGCGCCUGGCUCAGGAUCUUCCAGCAGUUCAAACCCCAGACCUCAGCUCAGUCCGACAGAAAUCAACGCCGUGAGACAGCUUGUCGCCGGGUAUCGAGAAUCGGCUGCAUUUUUAUUGCGUUCUGCAGAUGAACUGGAAAAUCUCAUUUUACAACAGAACUGAGGCCAACGAUGUCUGUACUCACUGGGUUCUAAAUUUGCGGUUUCCACUAAUGACACUUGAUUUUCCAGCAGAGAGACUCCUAGGCUUGCUCCACAGUCUUUUAAGAGAAGCGUUUCCAUCAUGCCAUGUUGUCCUUGAUCCAUACACUGGUGUGUUGAGGAGCGUCACAGGAACUCUGGUCUUGAAGUACUUGAGAUGCUCAAGUGUGCCCAGCCUGUUGCUUUUGUUUUAGUGUGUCAGCAUAAAUAUCAUAAGCAAUUUUUUAAAAGGCUGCAUAUUCUCAAUUCAAGGAUUAAAAAUGAAGAAGCUCAUGGAAUAAAAAAAAAGCUCAAGAUCCAACUGAAAUAUUAGUGGAAUUUUCUACUGACUCAUUGGACUGAAAGCUGAAGUAUCUGGGGGGAAAAAGCCAAAUUUCUUAUUGCUACAGGAUAUGACAACAAUGAAAAGGAUCUUGUAUUUUAAAAGAAAAAAAUGUAAUUUUUAUAAAAAGAAAACUUGUUUUUCAUUCAAAAUGGUCAUUUUUACUUUGGUAACUUUUUCAUAGGUUCUAAAAAGAAAACUGUUUUUGAGAAACUAUUGUAAGUACCCUUUCCGCAUCCCUUUUGCCUUCUCCUCUUUCCAAAUUCUUUCUACAAAAGAAAAAUAACACUCGAUGCUGGAAAACCCUUUGCCUACUUCCUGGAAGUCGACCCAUCAGGAACUACUUCCAAGAGAUGCCUCCAUUUCUGUCCUUACGCCAGUCUCAAAACGCCCACGCCCCACGGCAGCUUACCACAGCAGUUUUCAUCCCAGAAUUUUCUAAACAUUAUAAAAAGACGUGUUGAAAACAAAACCCCAACACAUCGCUGCGUUCCCCAGAGCUGCUUGCCCCAGGCUGUGCUACCCAGCAAGCCUCCAGAGCAGCGACUCGAUGUAGAUGACUGAAUGUUACUGAGGUUGCAAGUGACAAUCUUAAACUUUGCACUCUUGUAUGUACUUCUCAUUUCUUUUGGAAACAGUUUCCAGGAAAGGCUGUUGUUGUGUCUCCUGGUAUGAUUUGUAGCAUUUAAGUUUUUGUUCUUUUUUAUUUUUAUUUAUUUAUUUUUUUAAAUUGAGAGCUCUCAGCAGAUAGAGCUAGAUCUGAACAACGAACUCUCUCUCCCCUCCGUCUCCCAGGCUCGGCCAUUUUCUCCACUUCUAGUGUUAGACACAACCCUGAGUGGUAUUUUCUGUGCACUGAAGCAAGCCUAUUUUUAAGAUAUUUAAGGAGAAGUACUUUAGUUCAUACUUGUACUAUUUUCCUUUCUGUUGUUUAGCUUCGGUUGAAUUACAAAUUCUUUGUGCAUUCUUGAAUUUGCCUUAUUUUAUGUAAAAUCUAUGUCAUUCGGGUUUUGACAAUGAGUUGAAGGCAUUAGUGAUAUCCCUUACCUUCUUGUUACAUCUAGUUUUCCAAGUACUGACUGUGAUUGUGACCAGGUAAUGUGCACUUUUUCUUGUAACUGUGGACAUUGCUAUGCUUUUUUCUUCUUGUGUUUCUAGAAUUAUUGUUCCUUACAGUUACGUAAACAAAAAUACAAAAACAACAAAAAAAUUUUGUGAUACUGUUGGUGAAUAUAAUGUGAAAAUCUUAUUGAAAUAUGAGUAUUUUGGAAAUACAUAGAUGCACAAACAUCUUUUAAAGGUGUGAAUUUAGAGUUUGCUUAUUUAAUGAAAAUUUAAAAAUUUGAGGGCUGGUAUAAGUUUUCUCUGUUUUUGUUUGGUUUAAUAAAAGAUUUCUGUGUUAAAGAAACAA